AUUACCUUGAUCUCCGCGAAGGCUCUCGCCGCGCUGAUCAGCCGCCCGCGCAUGAAGGCCGGUCAAAAGAUUAAUUUAGUCCAGGUUACGGGCUCUUCCGUAAUUUCAGGCUACGUUACCUUAGACCUUUACUUCCAUACCUGCGAGGGUCCGGUGAAGCUCAAUGUGGAGGCGUACGUCGUAAAA